AUGGCCUCGGAGUCGGUGAAGGUGGUGGUGCGCUGCCGCCCCAUGAAUCAGCGGGAGCGGGAGCUGAACUGCCAGCCCGUGGUGACGGUGGACUCCGCGCGCGGCCAGUGCUUCAUCCAGAACCCGGGCGCUGCCGACGAGCCCCCCAAGCAGUUCACCUUCGACGGCGCCUACCACAUGGACCACUUCACCGAGCAGAUCUACAACGAGAUCGCCUACCCGCUGGUGGAGAUCAACGUGGAGACCAUCAGUACCUUUAUUGACGGUGGAGGCAGUGUCCUGGUAGCUGCCAGCUCAGACAUUGGUGACCCUCUUCGAGAGCUGGGCAGUGAGUGUGGGAUCGAGUUCGACGAGGAGAAAACAGCCGUCAUUGACCAUCACAACUACGACAUCUCAGACCUUGGCCAGCACACGCUCAUUGUGGCCGACCCCGAGAACCUGCUGAAGGCCCCGACCAUUGUUGGGAGAUCAUCUCUGAACCCCAUCCUCUUUCGAGGUGUUGGGAUGGUGGCCGAUCCUGACAAUCCUUUGGUGUUGGACAUCCUGACGGGCUCCUCCACGUCUUACUCCUUCUUCCCGGAUAAACCUAUCACCCAGUACCCCCACGCGGUGGGGAAGAACACCCUGCUCAUUGCUGGGCUCCAGGCCAGGAACAACGCCCGGGUCGUCUUCAGCGGCUCCCUGGACUUCUUCAGCGAUGCCUUCUUCAACUCGGCGGUGCAGAAGGCUGCGCCCGGCUCCCAGAGGUAUUCCCAGACGGGCAACUACGAGCUAGCUGUGGCCCUCUCCCGCUGGGUGUUCAAGGAGGAGGGUGUCCUCCGUGUGGGGCCCGUGUCCCACCAUCGGGUGGGUGAGACCGCCCCACCCAACGCCUACACCGUCACCGACCUAGUGGAGUACAGCAUCGUGAUUGAGCAGCUCUCAAAUGGCAGAUGGGUCCCCUUUGAUGGUGAUGACAUCCAGCUAGAGUUUGUCCGCAUCGAUCCUUUCGUGAGGACCUUCUUGAAGAAGAAAGGUGGCAAAUACAGCGUCCAGUUCAAGUUGCCCGAUGUGUAUGGAGUGUUCCAGUUUAAAGUGGAUUACAACCGGCUAGGCUACACGCACUUGCACUCUUCCACUCAGGUGUCGGUGCGGCCGCUCCAACACACGCAGUACGAGCGCUUCAUCCCCUCGGCCUACCCGUACUACGCCAGCGCCUUCUCCAUGAUGCUGGGGCUCUUUAUCUUCAGCACGGUCUUCUUGCACAUGAAGGAGAAGGAGAAGUCCGACUGAGGCGGCCGAGCCCUGGGACUCCUCAAAACAUGCAGAUGGGGGUUACGUAGGGUUGGGUUGUCUUUUUAUGGUGUUGUGUGUGUUUCACUUGUUUGUUUUUUUAAGCUGUGGGACAGUGGCAGAGUCUCACCUCAGUGGGAGACACGGCACUGAGUACCGUGGGGGUGGGGGUUGGGGGGUGAUUUUUAUGUUUUUUCCACCUAAUGCUAAGUGGUAUUUUCCAUGUUUGGUCACUCUCAUUUCUAAGAUAAAAAGAAGCCUUGCCCUCCAA